UUUUCACUGAUUGCGCGGGAAAGUAUUUGUUUUUGUGUACACGGCAGACUACAGAGUGUGGUGCAUUUACUUUGCGAUAUUGAAGAUACCUACGAAAGGAAGAUUCAGUAAUUAGGUGCAAGUAUGGUGUUAGAAAAUACUGGAAAGUACAGACCUGAAAGAAAGGAGGCAACAACAAAAGGGACUGGUUUUCCUAAAGAUGAUACUUCAGAGCUUAGAAUUCGUGAAGCAGUUGAAAAUGAUAAAAUUGACAGUAAAUAUGGCUUUGAACGUGUAUCUGAUCAUCUGGAACGUGUUGGUUUCCUUAUUAACAUGCACACAACUGAAAUUCUGGAUGAAGAUAAAAGGCUUGUAAGCGCAGUUGAUUACUAUUUUAUUCAAGAAGAUGGAAGUAGGUUCAAGGCAUCACUGGCUUAUUUACCUUAUUUUUAUAUCCUACCAAAACGGGAGUGUAUCAAUGAAAUAUCGGGCUACUUGAGCAAAAAGUAUAGUGGCACAAUAGCAAAAAUUGAAGUUAUACCAAAAGAUGACUUAGAUAUGCCAAACCAUUUAAUUGGUCUUCAACAAAAAUACCUGAAACUUUCAUUUGUAAGCAUUACUGACUUAAUGAAAGUUCGUAAAGAUCUUCUGGCUGCUGUUCGUAAAAAUCGUGAACGGCACAAAGGACGUACAGUUUACUCAGAAAUGUUGAGCAAUGCCCUGGCAAACAAGGAAGGUAUAGAUGUCGCAACCAAGCGUACUGCUACUGACCAUCUGGAGAGUAUUAUGGACAUAAGGGAAUAUGAUGUACCAUACCACAUAAGAGUGUCACUUGAUAACAAAAUCUUCUGUGGCUCAUGGUACUCAGUGCAGAGUAGAGGCACUGAACCACCAAUAAUCAAGAAACGAGAUGAUAUCAUUGAGCGGCCUGAUGCCAUUGUCUUGGCGUUUGACAUUGAAACAACUAAACUUCCACUUAAGUUUCCCGAUGCCAGCAGUGAUCAAAUUAUGAUGAUAUCAUAUAUGAUUGAUGGACAGGGAUAUCUCAUUACUAACCGUGAAAUAAUCUCUGCAGACAUAGAAGACUUUGAAUAUACACCUAAACCAGAAUUUGAGGGACUCUUUACAAUUUUUAAUGAACCUGAUGAAGCUGGGUUGUUGCAGAGAUUUUUUGACCACAUCCUUGAUAUCAAGCCACACAUUUUUGUUACCUACAACGGUGACUUUUUUGACUGGCCAUUUGUUGAAGCAAGAGCUGCAGUUCAUGAACUAGAUAUGAAACAGCAAAUUGGAUUUUCGUGUAAUAGAGAUGGUGUAUAUGCUUGCCGACCUGCGAUGCAUAUGGACUGUCUGUGUUGGGUGAAACGUGAUUCAUACCUUCCUGUGGGCUCCCAGAAUUUGAAAGCAGUGGCAAAGGCAAAACUGCGUUAUGAUCCUGUAGAGUUGGAUCCGGAGGAUAUGUGCAGACUUGCUUCAGAACAACCGCAAGUCUUGUCCAACUAUUCAGUAUCAGAUGCAGUUGCCACAUAUUACCUGUACAUGAAGUAUGUUCAUCCCUUCAUAUUUGCUCUGUGCACCAUUAUUCCAAUGGAACCUGAUGAGGUCUUGCGCAAAGGAUCAGGCACAUUGUGUGAAUCACUAUUAAUGGUGGAAGCUUUCCAUGCAAAUAUCAUUUUCCCAAACAAGCAAGAAUCAGAGCUUAAUAAAAUGACAGAGGAUGGCCAUGUUCUUGACCAAGAGACAUAUGUUGGAGGUCAUGUGGAAGCUCUUGAGUCUGGAGUGUUCCGUGCAGACUUGCCUUGUCGCUUCCGCCUGAGACCAGAGGCUUUUGAUACACUUAUUGCUGGUGUAGAAAGGGCAAUGACACAUGCCAUAGAGGAAGAAGAGAAAAUUCCUAUUGAUUUAGUUACUAAUUUUAAUGAAGUUGUGGCUGAUAUAAAGGCUAAAUUACAAAAUCUGAAGGAAAAUCCUUUACGCAAUGAGAAACCAAUCAUAUACCACUUGGAUGUAGGUGCUAUGUAUCCAAACAUAAUUUUAACUAAUAGGCUGCAGCCAUCUGCAAUGGUAGAUGAAGUCACUUGUGCCGCAUGUGAUUUUAAUCGUCCAGGAGCCUUAUGCCAACGUAAAAUGGCAUGGAUGUGGCGUGGAGAAUAUAUGCCAGCAUCACGUAGCGAAUUUCAGCGCAUCAGGCAGCAGUUGGAGACAGAAAAAUUCCCUCCCCUGCUGCCAGGUGGUCCCCACCGUGCGUUUCAUCAGUUAUCUCGUGAAGACCAAGCAGCACAUGAAAAAAAACGACUCACUGAAUAUUGCCGAAAAGCGUAUAAGAAAAUUCACGUUACAAGGACUGAAGAAAGACUCACCACAAUUUGUCAAAAGGAGAAUAGUUUCUAUGUUGACACAGUGAGAGCGUUCCGAGAUCGUCGCUAUGAAUACAAGGGUUUGUCAAAGGUCGCAAAAAAACAAGUUUCUGAAGCUGUAGCCAAAGGAGAUGCUGCUGAAAUUAAGUCUGCGAAAAAGAGAGAGGUGCUGUAUGAUUCCCUGCAGCUGGCUCAUAAGUGUAUUCUCAAUUCUUUCUAUGGUUAUGUAAUGAGAAGAGGAGCCCGCUGGCACAGCAUGGAAAUGGCUGGUAUAGUGUGCUACACGGGAGCAGCAAUUAUAACAAAGGCUCGUGAAAUCAUAGAACAAGUUGGUCGACCGCUUGAACUUGAUACAGAUGGUAUCUGGUGUAUACUGCCAGAGUCCUUUCCAGAAAAUUAUGUUAUUGAGAGUACACACCCAAAGAAGUCUAAAGUGACUAUUUCAUAUACAAAUGCCGUUCUGAAUGCAAUGGUUAAGGAUCAUUUCACAAAUGAUGUUUACCAUGAGCUUGUUAGUCGCGAAACACUGGAAUACAAAAUUCGGAGUGAAAAUUCCAUAUUCUUUGAAGUUGAUGGGCCAUAUUUGGCAAUGGUCUUGCCUGCCUCAAAGGAGGAAGGGAAGAAACUUAAGAAGAGAUAUGCUGUCUUUAACUUGGAUGGUUCACUGGCUGAGCUCAAAGGGUUCGAAGUCAAACGACGAGGAGAGCUGCAGCUAGUAAAAAUUUUUCAGUCAUCCGUCUUCGAAGCAUUUCUUAAAGGUGACACUCUCGAGAAGUGCUAUGAAUCAGUUGCCAGAGUAGCUGAUUAUUGGCUUGAUGUCCUGUACAGCAAAGCUUGCAACAUGCCUGACUCUGAGCUAUUUGAGCUCAUCUCAGAAAAUAGAUCUAUGUCUCGAAAGCUAGAGGACUAUGGAGCACAAAAAUCAACAUCCAUCUCAACAGCUAAACGUCUGGCUGAAUUUCUUGGUGACCAAAUGGUGAAGGAUGCGGGAUUGGCUUGCAGGUUUAUAAUUUCAAGAAAGCCAGAAGGCGCUCCUGUUACUGAAAGGGCUAUACCUUUGGCUAUCUUCCAGUCAGAGCCAAGUGUGAAAAGGCACUAUCUGCGAAAGUGGCUUAAGGAUUCAUCAAUACAUGAUGUUGAUAUUAGAGAUGUACUGGAUUGGGACUAUUACAUUGAAAGGCUUGGAGGGACGAUACAGAAGAUCAUUACCAUACCAGCUGCCAUGCAGGGGGUAUCAAAUCCUGUUCCACGUGUUCGGCACCCCGAUUGGCUGCAUAAAAGAAUGAUGGAAAAAAAUGAUGUUCUGAAACAACGGAGAAUAAAUGAAAUAUUUGUAAAAAAGCCAAAGGAUGUUCAAGAACAACACUCAAACACAGAGGUAGAUAUUGAAGAUUCUGCAGGAAAGACUGUUACUGCAGAGAGACCAAAAACACCAGUUGCUCAUGUAAACAAAAGAAGGAGAAACAGCUCAGUCACAGAUCCAGACAUUUUAAAGCGCAGCUGGCGUGAGGAGCUUGGAGCACCACCACCAUAUGGUACAAGCAAGGAGCAAAGAACAGCGUGGAUAGAGUUCCAGAAAAAGAAAUGGGCGUGGCAGACAAAGCAACGAACAGCUCGUCGUGAAGCAGCAAAACGUUGUCGAAUGGAUGACACUGAUGUUGGAUCAAAUUCUCUUGUCUCUGUGGCUCGCAAUACUUCUGCUCCUGCUCCAGGAACUCUAGGCGGCUUUCUUAAAAGGGCCCAGCGAACUCUUCUUGAUUCUUAUUGGCAGAUAAUACAGAUUUCUGAAAUGAACCAGCCUGGAGCAUUCAAGGCUUGGGCCCUGGUGGGGAGUGAGCUGCAUCAAAUACGCCUCAUAGUGCCACGCAUUUUCUAUGUAAAUCAGCGAACACCUCGGGAAGAACCAGAAUCAGCGCUGUGGCGCAAAUGCAAUCGUAUUUUGCCUCGAUCAAGACCAGUUUUCAACCUCUAUGAGUACACAGUCCCUGAUGAACUAUUCCAGCAACAUAAUCAGGAACUGCUUGCUGAUUUGUCAACCCCUGACAUUGAGGGCAUUUAUGAAACACAAGUUCCACUUGAGUUUCGGGCACUUGUACGCUUAGGAUGUGUGUGCUCUGUAGAACGCAAUGAAGCGCGCCGUCUUGCUGUGCAGGGAGAUGCUUCAGAUACUUUUUCUUUGACACAGCUGCAGUUUCGAACUCUUGCACAUCAACCUUAUCUGGAAGGCUCAAGUGGGUCGAUGAGAAGGAUAUUUCUGUACCAAACUCGAGCACCACAGGGUCCACGAGCAAUGUUUGGACUUUUCCUAACACCAGUUAAUCGGGCUUUAAUUUUCGUUUUGGACACUGUAAGAACUAACAACAUGCCUGCCAUGGGUCGACUUUAUGAGACUGCACGCACAGAGAAGAUUACCCGAGGGAAGUCAGAGGAUUCACUUCCUCCUAAGAAUGUAUCAUUUGAAGUCCGAAUAGAAACAGAUCAACGCCAGGUUUUUCGUCUUAUACAGCGUGCUCUCCAAGACUACAAAGAUGAAAAGAAAGGACCCACAUUUAUUGCUGUUCAAUCAUUAAUAGAUCUGCCUACAUUGACUUCAAAUAUGCCAGGAUUACAAGAAUUCCCAUUGAUUCCCAUUCAUGUCAAAGAUGUAGAGAUUCAGUGGGAUUUGAACUGGCAGCGUACAGUUGCAAGAAAUGUGGUACGCCACUAUCUCAACUCAAAUGUUGUACUAAAUUUGAUGAUAGAACAAGCAAGAUAUUUUCAUGCACCACUUGGGAACAUUCCAGCAGAUCCACCUCUGUUUGGUGCAGAUCUGUUCUAUGCAAGACAUCUCAUUAAGAAUAAUUUUGUCCUGUGGUGCUCUCCAACUGAAAGACCAGAUCUUGGAGGGCGAGAAGUUGAUGAUAACAGGCUGCUGACUGAGUUUGAAGAAAGCUCAAGUAUUGUUCAUAAUAACCCAGGCUGCUAUUCAACAUUCUGCAUUGAUCUUGACAUCGAUGGAUUGGCAGUAAACACACUUCUGCAGUCAAGUCAUGUUCAUGACAUUGAAGGCACUAGCUCUAGUGUGGCAUUUGACACAAUGCCACAAGCAUCACUCGAAGAGAUGAUGUCUGGUGGGGGACCAGCGACCCUGGGCAACUAUGAUGAUAUUGCUCGCUGCAGUGGGGCUUUCAAGGUACUCAGGUCAAUGGUGGGGGCAUGGCUUCGGGAUGUCUCUGUGUACAAAAAUGUGUUUGCAGAUUUUCAGAUAGUUCAAUUCUACAGAUGGUUGCGGUCAGCGAACACAUUACUUUAUGACCCGGCUUUACGAAGAACUUUGCACAGCCUGAUGAAAAAACUCUUCAUUCAGCUUGUAGCAGAGUUCAAGAGACUGGGGUCAGUGAUAGUGUACGCAAAUUUCAACAAGAUUAUUAUAUGCACCAAGAAGAGAAACAUUGAAGAUGCUAUUGGCUAUGUUGAAUUUGUUGUCCAGAGCAUCAGAAAUAAAGAACUCUUCCACAGCAUUGAAAUUUCAUAUCAGCAGUGUUGGGAGUAUCUCAUGUGGCUGGAUCCAGCAAAUCAUGCUGGUGUGCAGGGUAAAUUACCAGAAGGGCUGGCUGGUGCUGGUGAUGGAGCAAAUUUAGCAGAAAAGGGUGAUGUUAAUGAUGUAACCAGCCAGAAUGAUGAUGCUGAGGAUGAUGAACCAACUAUUGUUAUGAACUGGAAUUUGCUGGAGUUCCUGCCAAACAUUGGAGGUUGCCGAGAGAACGUUAGCGCAGUGAUAGCUGGCUACAUCAGUGCUGUUUAUCAACAUAUGCAGGAAUCGGAUGGCCCACAAACACCAAUCAGGCGGCGACGGGUCACAAGUAGCCAAACACCAUCACAGCUUGCGCCAUUGGGGUUGGCUGCUCAUGCUACAGCAGCAGAUUUUGCUCGCAACCUCAUCAAAGAAGAAAUGGCUCUCAGGCUGUACCAGAUGACAGAGUCUAUACAGGAGAAAGCUCGCAAACAUAGACCCACUGCUGAUGAUGAAGUAUCACCAUUAUUAAUAAACUCAACAGUCAAUAAGAAUCCGGCAUUAGAAUUUGUUAAGGCAGUGUGCAAGGUACUGUCACUAGACCCUAGUGUCCAGGAAGAGGUCAACAAUAUUCGCCGCAAUAUGUUACGCCUUCUUGGUAUUGGAGAAUUCAGUUCAGUUGCCACAUGGCGUGAUCCUUGUAUUUCAUUCAUUUUACCAGAAGUGAUAUGCAGAGCCUGCAAUCACUGUCGAGACAUUGACCUUUGCCGCGAUCCCUACCGUGGAGUUGACAACGAGACCCCUGUAUGGAAAUGCCCACUGUGUCAAACAAGUUAUGACAAUAAAGAGCUUGAAUACAUGUUACUGGAUAUUGUUCACAGAAAGACCAUGGCUUAUACUCUUCAAGAUUUGCAAUGUUCAAAAUGUCAUGAGAUUAAGAUGGAGAAUAUGACCCGAUUUUGCAACUGCUCAGGAGACUUCCAAACAUUAAUUCCAGUGUCGAACAUUGCAGAACAUCUUCGUACAUUUCAGGCAGUUGCUAAGCACUUCAAAAUGCCACUGUUAUUAGAAGUAGUUCAAUGGACUAUUAAUGCUAAUCCUGGGCUUGUGUAGGAAAAAAAAAAAAAAAAAAGAUGACUAUCCAAAUGAUGGAAAAUGUCAUGGCAUGAGUAGUUGCACAUGUCUUUGCUGAACAGUCUGCAUUCUAACUUACCUGUGAUGUGAUAGUACAAUGUACAAUCACUACUCACAAAACAAUUGAUUUAUUUUUUAUCCUCUGUGUUGCAUGGAAUUCUGGUCACAACAGAAAAUUUAUUUGCUUAUUUUUAUCUUUGUGACAGUUAAAUACAUUUUUAAUAUUGCAUUACUGUCAUUCAAUGAGACUUCUACAAAAUAAUUGCAAAAUAUGUUUGCUGGCAUUUUUCAACUACAAGAACAAAGGCAAGACAUCAGAAAGACAUAAGACACUCUAGCGAAAGCUCUAGUUCUAUAUUUUGGAUGUCAGUGAGUUAGUAGGAAGAUAAGAAUUUGUGACAAAGUGCAUAAAGAUAUGAAACAACAGUGUUGCAGGUGAGCUCUGUCUCUUUCCCGACAUCCAAACCACCCACACAUUCCUCUAAAACCAACAGUCUCAUUGAGUUCUAUCUGUGUACAUAUUACCCCCAUUAUUCCCCUUCGAACUAUACACAGUUGAGAUGAGGGAUUUAACUUAGCUGCAUAUCUUGAAAAUUGUACAUAUUGUAAGUACUGUGAUACUAUUUUUAUAUAUUUAUUUUGCUGGUAAUUAAAGCACUUUCUUUUUA